CCAGGCCGAGAGUGGGCGUGGCCGACGUGGGGUGGGUCUCAGCCGACCCAGUCGGAGCAGACCGUUGGGCUCUCUUCCGGGUGUCACCUCCAGAGGGCGCCGGCCGCGGAUCCGCCCUCAGAGUCGCGAGGCCGGACGCAGCGCGGCGCCGCCCCACUCGCCCCAGCCGCCGCCAUGAAGGCCGUGGUGCAGCGCGUCACCCGGGCCAGCGUCACAGUUGGAGGAGAGCAGAUUAGUGCCAUUGGAAGGGGCAUAUGUGUGUUGCUGGGUAUUUCCCUGGAGGAUACACAGAAGGAACUGGAGCACAUGGUCCGAAAGAUUCUAAACCUGCGUGUGUUUGAGGAUGAGAGCGGGAAGCACUGGUCUAAGAGUGUGAUGGACAAACAGUACGAGAUUCUGUGUGUCAGCCAGUUUACCCUCCAGUGUGUCCUGAAGGGAAACAAGCCUGAUUUCCACCUAGCAAUGCCCACAGAGCAGGCAGAGGGCUUUUACAACAGCUUCCUGGAGCAGCUGCGUAAAACAUACAGGCCGGAGCUUAUCAAAGAUGGCAAGUUUGGGGCCUACAUGCAGGUGCACAUUCAGAAUGAUGGGCCUGUGACCAUAGAGCUGGAAUCGCCAGCUCCCGGCACUGCAACCUCUGACCCAAAGCAGCUGUCAAAGCUUGAAAAACAGCAGCAGAGAAAAGAAAAGACCAGAGCUAAGGGACCUUCCGAAUCAAGCAAGGAAAGAAACACUCCUCGAAAAGAAGACCGCAGUGCCAGCAGCGGGGCGGAGGGUGACGUGUCCUCUGAACGGGAGCCGUAGCUCAGGAGGCAGAAUUCAGUGUGUUAUCAUUGGGCAGAACUGGAUCCUGAAAAUUCAAGAUGCUAAGCACCUACACUACUUUAAGAAUUUGGAACUGAAACAUGAAGAGGAAGACAGAAAUAAGAAGUUGGGAACCUGAAUGGCUUUGCAAAAAACACCAAAGGACCGUUUUGUCAUUUUCUGUUGUUGCUGUGGUGGAAUGGAGGCAGUGGGCACUGCCGGUGGCUCGGGGGGUGGGUGCGCACGUGGUAGAAGGCAUGCGCUUGUGCCCCCCACAGAAAGGCUUUGUUGGUUUCUGCCACAUCUUGGCUUGCUUUUGGAACAGGCUGGCCUAGCAUCAUUUGUCAUCAAGUCCACUGUGGUGUAUUCCGCGUGUCCAUGGCGGGGGUUCUCCAACACACUCACACUGUCCGUGUUCUUUUUAUUGCUGAUUCAUAAGCCAGGGCCCUUGUUGAAGUGUCAAGAGAGCAAUCAUCAGUGAUAAUGUAUUGUGUGAGACCUUUGCAUCUUGUAAAUUUUCUCUUUUUUCUAAAAAUAAAUAAUAAUAAAAUCCUUAAUCUCAACAAACCACUUUAUUAUCAAA